AUGAUACGGAAGCUCGCUGAAACUAGAAUAAAUGUUGCUCGUCAAAAUAUGUCCCACAGUGAUCAUGCUUCUCAUCAGAAAACCAUUGAUCUUGUUAAAGAGUACAAUGCUCAGUUUGAAGGCAAGGUUGUAGCCAUAAUGUUAGAUACAAAGGUUACAUUAUGCUUUACAGUUAGUAGGGCGCGUAGGUUUGAGAAAGGACUGAGAAGUGAGAUUAAGAGGCGUGUGGCUGCUUUUGAGCUGAACAGCUACAAGAUGGUGCUGAACAAAGGUUUGGUAGUAGAGAAGGGAUUGAUAAUAGAUGAUGGAAAGAAAUAUCGUAAAACUAAGAAGAUGGCUGAGCCUUUGAAUAGAUUUAAUGAGACCGGAGCGUCACGAAAGUUCAACAUUCGAGGCAAUGGUGGAAAUAUGGCAGAUGAGUAUGUUGAGUUUGAGAUGUCUGACAUUGAGGAUCUCGUUGAUAGUUCACCACCACCAUCAAACUACGACCCUAGCUCAGACAGUGACAAUUCUGUUAAUAACUUUGACCUUGACUCUGAUAAUGAUAGUGACAGACCAAUUCAAGAUAAUCUUGGAGAGAUCAUUAAAAUAAUGGCCAUGCUAAGAGGAAUCAUGUAUCGCCAACAACGAAAUAAUAACGGAAACACCAAUAACAACAUUAAUGCAGGUGCAAAUCUGAUGAAUCAAUUGGGAGAAACUUUAGCGACAUUGGUUGGAAACCAACAGAAUAGACCUAGAAGCAUGAUAGCUUAA